AUGCAAUCAUCAUACGACUCGAGAGGGAACUGUGUUCCAAUCAUACUCUCACUAUUACAAAGCCGAUUAUACGAUCAAGGAGCCUUGCAAGUGGAAGGCAUUUUCAGAAUCACAGGAGACAACAGUGAAGAAGAAUUUGUAAGAGAACAGCUAAACAAAGGUGCCAUACCACAAGGCAUCGAUGUUCAUUGUCUCGCCGGACUUAUAAAGGCUUGGUUUAGAGAAUUACCGAGAGGAGUACUCGAUUCUCUGCCAUCUCAACAAGUUUUGCAGUGUGAGUCAGAGGAGGAUUUUGUGAAGGUUGUGAGACUCUUGCCGCAAACGGAAGCUUCUCUUUUAAAUUGGGUGAUAAAUCUGAUGGCUGAUUUUGUAGAGUUUGAAGAUGUUAACAAGAUGAGUUCUCGUAAUCUUGCUUUAGUCUUUGCACCAAACAUGUCACAGAUGGCAGAUCCUUUAAAAGCGUUGAUGUAUGCUGUCCAAGUGAUGAACUUGCUCAAGAACCUCACAGACAAAACACUCAGAGAGAGGAAAACUGCGUCUUCCCAAGUCGUUCCUUGUGAGAAUAGCAAUGAAGCUGAAGAUGGUGAUGUGUAUGGAUCUAAUCAAGAAGAAGGGUAUACUUUUGAAGAAGAAGAAGAAGAAGAAGAAGAAGAAGAAGAAGAAGAAGAAGAAGAAGAAGAAGGCGAAAAUGUUGAAGAGGAGAUCAUCGAGGAGGGGAUAACCAUGAUUUCUGAUGAACACACAUCAUCAAGUGAAUUGGAUGCUAAUGAUGGAAUGAAACAUGAACACAUGAAGACAGAUGUUGGGGUUGGUAAAUGUCAUUAG